GGAAUGACAGAGGAGGAGAAAAGACAGAAAGAGAGAGAAAGGUAGAAAGGAGCUAGCAAGGAAAGUGAAAGGAAGAGAAAUUAAACCAAAGAGAGGAAAAAGGAGCUGCUGAGGUGUUCCGACACAGCCACCACCCAUCAACGACCACCUGGACAUCGUUUCUUAGGCUGCUCUUUCGCCGUCUUGCUCUCCCGGCCUCUUCCCUAGUGGUCCUUCCUAGCUCUAAUCUAACCCACCUAUCCCUUGGAAGUUGGAUCAUACUUCUUCUCCUCCUCUGGUGAUUAUUCUUUUUGGUGAUUAGAAUUGCUAGCUCUUGGGUGAGUCAGACUGUGGACUGGAAGAUUCGAGUGUCUGCAAGAUUCAGUGAACUUGGGUUUUCAGGCUCUAUCAUUGUACCGUUUCGAUCCUAUGGGUUGGUGAUCAGAGAUGAGACGACUCAUGUGUCUAUGGGUUGCCUGAGAUCUCUCCCUUUCUCCAAAGAUUAAAGACCUCUCCUUUCUGGGCUUUAUCCACGUGUAUACUCCUCUCUCCAGAUAGCAGAAAAAGCAGCUCUUUCCCCACCUUAAAUUGUCGCUCUACCUUCUUUAUUAGAGAGAGAGGACCGGGGUGGUAAUAUCUUGGAGGAUUUUGUUGGGUCUAACAUAAGGAGAUCGAUUGAGUUCUUGAUUUAUUUUUAUUUUUCCAUCUGGUUUUUAUUCUAGAGUUAAGGGCUUUGGUUUUGUGGAGGGUACUGGCCGGGUCGGUAGGUGGAAACGAGAAGAGAAUUGCAUGCACAAGGGUAACGAUGGCCGUUAGUUUUUGCACUGUAUAGAUUCUCAAACCUGCCUAGCUAGGGACAGACACGUUGAGUUUCCAAAACUGAAACGGUCCAAAUUGCGUCCUCCGCCAAAACCUGCAUGCGCACCAAUUAAAGCCAACCACCAAAAAAUCCUUUCUUGAUAUAUAGACGAAACCACAGCAAGAGAAAUCGCAACCACUAAAAAGGAAGAAAGAGAGACAAUUUAGAGAGACAAAGAUGCACCAAGAGAGAGAUGGGGGAGCACCAGAAGAAAUAAGGCAACAACAAGAAGACCGGAGACUGAAGCCUAUUCAAGCUGAAAACCAGCAGCAGCAGCAGCAGCAGCCUCAAAAAUGCCCUCGCUGUGAGUCUCUCAACACCAAGUUUUGCUAUUACAACAACUAUAGCCUGUCUCAGCCGCGUUACUUCUGUAAGGCUUGUAGAAGGUACUGGACUCAAGGAGGAACACUCAGAAACGUUCCCGUUGGCGGCGGUUGUAGAAAGGGAAAGCGUGCCAAAACUUCGUCAUCUUCUGGCGCCGAGAAUUCACGGUCUCAGCAGCCACAACAAAUACAACAAAAUUUGACCAACCGACCAGCUAUAAUCCCCUCCAAUCCAGUUAACACCACAAGUCCAAUUCUAACGUCCACAGAACCUGCUGGUAAUUUGGCUACUCCAUCCAUCCAGUCAAUUGCGCCGUACUAUGCGGGAGGUGGGUAUUUGUCCUCUUUGGCAGCAAUUCAAUCAUUGAGUCAAUCACAUUCUUUCAGCACUCAAGCUCUCGACGUUGGCGGUGAUUUGGGGAGUUCUUCAAAUUUGGAUCUGCUACAAGGGUUUGCAGUCCCUUCUUUUGGAUCCCAACAGCAGCAGCAAAUUCAGCACAGGCAAUUUUAUCAAAUGAGCAACAGAGAUAGAAACGUGGAAUCUGAUCUCUAUCCUACUGAAGAAACUUUGAGUCAAUCAAGCAGGCCUCCCAGUUCUUCCCAUGAUUGGCAUCAGAACUUUCUGUACAAUACUAACCCCGUGGCCCCUGAUACUACUUUGUGGAGUAUUAGCACCAUCGCCAGUACUACCGCUGCUGGUUACACUAACAGCAAUAACAAUGGUGGUUCUACUUCGAAUCCAGGUCAGUGGCCUCAUGAUCUGCCAGGAUAUGGCCCUCCUCCCUGACCUUCUUCAGCCAUUUUUAUACGCUCCCUCGAGCUCCAAAGAUCAAGCAGCUGCAUAAUUUGAGGAGUACUUCUUUUACUUUUGUAUACCACCCCCCAAAAAAAAGAAGCCCAUUAAACCUCUAUGUAUACCCUUUUUGUCUACUUGGUUUACUUUGGAUGGUUUAGGGUAUGAUUUGGCUCGUCAUAGAACAAAGAGUGGUUAGAAAUUUGUGAUUUGGGUAUUCAUUGUAAAUGAAAGAUUAGUGGGGCAAUCGAACAGAAUUUCUGGGUUGAGCUGGGUUGUUUUGAAGUUCAUAAUCUGAUUAAAGUUAAUAUA